CGGGGCUGCUGCCCCAGGGGCCGGGGAAUCCUCACUCCCCUCGAGCUGCCGCCCUCCCGCCCCUCACCCAUACACAGGUCACCUCCGCGCUUCUGCCCCUGGUGCUCCCCCAGGACAGGAAGGACUAGCCCGUGGCUGCGGGAUCUGUGUACCAGGGUGUCACGGCUGUCCCUCCUCUUGGAUGCUGCCCACCCUGCUCCUGCCUGACCUGUCCCACGGGCAUGUGCAGGGUGUUUUGGGAUGGACCAACCUGCUGCCACAUCUGUCUCCUGGCAGCUCUGAACCCAGGGCUGGAUGCCCUCAGCAGUAAGGACUGAACCAGGCCAGCUCUCCUCUUUAAUCCCAUCCACUCUUCUUCUAUCCAUCCUUCCAUCCAUCCUUUUUCCUGCCAUUCAUCCAUCCUUCCUCCUAUCCAUAUUUCCUUCCAUCUGUCCAUCUAUCCUUCUUUCCAUCCUUCCUUCCAUCCUUUCUUCUUUCUUUUCCUCCUUCCUGCCAUUUUUUUCUUCUUUCCAUCUGUCCUUGCUUCCAUCCAUUCCCCCAUCCUUCUUCCCCUCCCUUUUCCUGUCCCUCUGGUUCUCUCCAUUUCCCACCUGUACCUCCCUCUUCCUGCUCUCCCUUAACCUUCUCUCCCCCUUCCCUCUCCUUUCCUCCAGCUCUCGGUAACCAUCUCACACUCCAUGCUCUUCAUGGCCAAGUGUAGCCAGCAGCAGUGAAUCUCUCUCUGGCUGCCCCAGCCCCAGUGGUGCUGCCAAGGGUGCCUGUGCUCAGGGCAGGUCCUUUGGCAGCUGCCCGGGGCUAACAAAAGCUCUCCUUGUCCAACACAAAGCAGCAUUAUUCCCCAAACUUCUGGGCAAAACACUGCUGAGGUCCAGGAGGACAAAGGAUGCUUAGUGAUGUGGUGGUGGAGAGGCUCUGUGUGCCUAGCUCCAUGCUCUGGUAAGGAUGACUGGUUUGUGAGGGUUGCUGGGUGCGGGGGCAGGGCUACGGGCAGCAGAGAUGCCCAGAACUGAGGGGAGCUGGGCUUUUACUAGGUCCCUGGGGAAGGAGGGAUGCAGUCACCCUAGACUCCUCACAAAGAAUUGUGCGUGGUUUACCCACAGCCCACACAAGGAGCAUCUCCAAGCCCCUGUCCUGCAGCAGGGUCCCCAGCUUGGAGGGGCACAGUGAGGGGACCCAUGGGUGGGUCAAAGCCCUGACCUGGGUCUCCUGCACCUUCCUUCCUGCUGUCCCUGCGUGGGUCUUGGGGAGAUUCACAGUUGCUCUUCUGUUUGACCAUGGCCAUGGAAACCCCAAGAAGCCAGCAAGGGACAGACCCAGCAGUGUACCAUGGGGCAGCACAGACCCAGAGACACUGUGGCAAAAAUCCUCCAAGGACCCAGGGCCUGAAGCCCAAGGCCCAACCCCUCCCAGGGCUAGAAGCUCCAAAGACCUUGUGGCCUAUGGACAAGGCCCAUGGACAAGGGGUCCUGAAGACUUGGGAGCAUGGAGCCCUGAGCACCUCUGAGGGGACUUCCUUGCAGGGUGACCAAGCUCCUGUCUCUGUAUGAAGUCAUCUGCAGAUGGCAGUACCCCCACACACACACACACACACACGUCUCUCUGCUCUGUGCUGGUGCUGUCCAGUAUUCCUGAUGGUCUCAUGUCCUGGCCCCUGGCCUUGAUCUCUGCCCAACCCACCAGGCAGCACUGGCCCUGGCUCCCUGCCUGGCUCAAAGCCAUGUCCCUUGGGCCACAGGGUCAGGGUGUUUGGAUCCACUGGCUGCAAGUCCUCCCAGGGCAUUGUCCCUGCACACAGGGUGUCCUGGGGCAGUACCCACACAUGACAGCUAUUAAGUGCCGGGGGAAAGCUCCCUGCUGCUCUAUCUUGAAUACCCUAUGGAAAUGCUGUCUCCAGUGCUGUCCUCCAUGGAGGGGAAUGACCCCAGCCCAUGUGGCCCUGGGUUCUCAAGCUAUGGGGCAGCAGCAGGAUGAUGCUGAAUGCUCCAGCCAGGCAGAGACUACUGCCCACAGACAGCAAAGCUAGGACAGGCAAGGCUGGGAAUGGUGCCCUGGGAAUGGACUGUAGUAUCUGGGCUCUCAAUCAUGCAGGGGAAGAAAUGCGGCUUUUCUAGGAGUGAGAAAAGAUGACAGGAAAUGGACAUGGCUGUGGAAGAAGGAGCACCCUCCCUUGGGGCUGCAGUUGGCCUUUGAGGGCUCCUAGGGUGUCAUUGAAACCACAGAGCCUUGCUAUACCGUGGCAUGGUGGCAUGGCAUUGUGCCCAACAGGGAUCCCAAGAGGCUAGCAGCCAGCAGGAAUGAGGGUGCAGAUCCUAGGGGCACUGGAGCAGCCUGAGAACCCCCAGGGAGCCCUGUUUGGAGCCCUGUUCCCAGCUCCGUGUGUGCCAAGGCAUAGGGCAUACCCUUGCCAGCUUCAGGGACAGUGCUGCACACCUUGAUGCUUCUCCCCUUGCCUCUGCCUCAGUUUCCCCAUCUCAUUUUGCCUGCCAGGGCUUUCAUGGAGACUUGGGUGCUGAACAGCAAUGCCAGCAAAGGACAAAACUGAGUCAGACAUAGAGCAGGGCAGAACUGGGACAGAAGCAGAGAAGACAGCUCUCUGUGUGCACACAGCUGAGGCUCACAUGUGCCUGCUUCCCCUUUUGGCUGGAAACGUCCCAGACAGGACAGUGCCCAGAGCUUGGUGGCACUUCAGGGCUGUUAGUUGAUGUUUUCAGGAUGAGUCAGUGGGAGUUGAUAUCCUGUUUGCAACCAAGCUGCGGUGGCAGAUGGGUGGCACCGUAUCAAGGCUGAGGGCACCUACCCAGCCACAGGGCACCCACCUUGUUCUGGGCCAUGCACCCGCCAUGGGGUGCCUAUUUGGCCAGAAGGUACCCACCCUACCAUGGGGCACCCACCCAGUCACAGGGUACCCACCCCCCAGCACAGUGCAGGGGAAGUGCUGGGAGUGGAGUGUGCCAGCUGACACAUGGGGCAGGAAGGACCUGCUCUGGGGCUAGGACAAGGCAAAACUGAAAAAAGAGGAAGCCCUCAAGUGCCCCAGCCCAGCCCAGCAGCACGCAGGCAGACGCAUCUGGCACCUCGCACACCUCCAUCACAGUGUCAGCUCUGUCACCCGAUGAGGUGACAGCCAACCCACCAGCAUGCCCUGGGCAUUGCCGCUGCGAUGGUCACCAUGGGGACGGCCUGGUGUGAAGGCCUUGGUCACUGCUGGGGUGUUUGUAACCACCCUCUGGAACCUGAGGUUCUUCCUCAGCCCCUCCAAGGGCUCUGGAGAAGACUCUAAACACAGGGAGCCAUUGGUGAUCCUGGUGUGGGAAUGGCCCUCCAGGCAGGUCCCCAGUGUCAGCAGAGAUGUGUGCCAUGAGCUGUACAGCAUCACAGGCUGCCAGCUCACCACAGAGCGGCAGCUCCUGCACCAGGCCAAUGUGGUGGUGUUCCCCCAUUCCAGGCUCCAGCCUGGCCGGGACAAAUUGCCCAAGGAGAGGCUGCCAGGGCAGAACUGGGUGUGGGUCUCCCUGGAGUCCCCCUCAAACACUAGAGCUCUAGCAGCAUGGAACAAGACCUUCAACUGGGUGAUGACUUACAGGCAGGAUUCAGACAUCUUCAUCCCCUAUGGCAAGCUUGUGCCCAACCGGUCAGCCACUGUGAACAUCCCUGCAAAGACCAACUUGGUGUCCUGGGUUAUCAGCAACUACCACAGGACUCAGAAAAGAGCUGAAGUCUACAAAAAUCUCUCCAGGUACCUCCAUGUGAAUAUAUAUGGGAAAGCUAACAACAAGCCCCUCUGCAAGGACUGCCUCUUGUCAACAAUAUCCAAGUCCAAGUUCUACCUGGCCUUUGAGAACUCCAUCCACCGGGACUACAUCACAGAGAAACUCUGGAGGAACUCACUGCUGGCUGGCACCGUACCUGUGGUGCUGGGGCCACCCAGGGCCAACUAUGAGCAGUUUGUUCCUGCAGACUCCUUCAUCCAUGUUAAUGACUUUGGCUCCCUGGAGGAGCUGGCCACCUUCCUGAAGACCAUGAACUCCAGCCGCUACCAGCAGUUCUUUGCCUGGCAGAGGAGGUUCAGUGUGAAACUCUACACUGACUGGAGGGAGCGGAUCUGUGCCAUCUGCACGGCCUACCCCCACCUGCCCCAUGGCCACCUCUAUCCUGACCUGCAGAGCUGGUUCAACUCCUAGUGUGUGCUGGGACCCUUGGUGUUGCAUCGCUCUGGGGAAUGGUUUCCCCCCCGCCCCCAGAGACCCCUGUAGCUGUAACCAUGUUAGCUUAACCCUUCCUUCCUUUCUGGACCCGAUUGGCUGGGAGCCAAUUGUCCUUUCCUGAACAGGAGGGUAGAAAAGGCCAUGCUCCUCCAUUGUUCGCUCUCUUGCCCACUCUUUUUCCCCCUCUUUCCCUCUUUCUCCUAUGGAAUAAAUGUC